GCCGCCGCCACUGCUCGGCGGAGUUCACAUCUCGCCAUAAAUGCCCUCUUGCUGGAGGAGCUACAGAGUCUCCUUAAUAACUUUGAACUGCUAAAGCAAAAACCACAGGUCAAUGGCAAACUCCAACACCAGAAGAAACCCUCCAGCGGUUCCCUCAUCAACAGGCGCCAAUUCAAUAGCCAAAGUCCAGUACCCAAAGGAACUCAUCAGCUCGUACGGCGCAGCGUGCGAGUCCAACCCGGAUUUGCGAACCUUCGAUGCUAACCUCCAAGUGAGGACGAACCAAGUCCUCAGCACUCUUGCUUCCGGGGUUGAUGUCCAAGCUCUCUCACUGGAUUCUCUGAAAGAGAUAACGGAGUGCCUCUUGGAGAUGAACCAGGAAGUGGUCAAGGUCAUCUUGGAUAGCAAGAAAGACAUCUGGAGAAAUCAAGAGCUGUUCGAGCUUGUUGAGUGCUACUUCAAGGAUAGCUUGCACACCCUCGGUUUCUGUGCUGCCCUUGAGAAUUGCUUGAAGCCUGCGCGCGAUGCCCAUUUGCUGUUUAUCGCUUCGCUUCAUUGCUUCAAAGAAGAAGAUGGGGAGGGGUGUUGCAGGUACAUGUAUCUCACUUCUCAAGGAACUUCAUUUCGAGCACACGCAUCCUAGUAUAUUGGUUCUUGCUGGCCACUAUUUUCAUUUAUUGGCUAAGUCAUUCAAUCUCCACUAAUUUCUCUAUGCAUUUGCAUUCAACUUCAUAUCUAACGUGCCAAUGAGAUAGAGUUGAUUUCUAGAGUUUGAUAGCCUAACAUUAUAAGGUUUAAGUUGGUGAGGAAUAUGCAUGCAUUUUCUGUUUCACGAGGAACUGAUGCAGAGACCUUGGAUAAAUUUAGUUACUCAAAGAUCUUGGAGGAACUGACAAAAUUCAAGGAGACCAGAGACCCUUUCCCCAAAGAGUUCUUCGUGAUCUUUCAGACGAUUCACAAGCAACAGAAGUCCAUGCUCAAGAAGUUGCGGAUCAAGAAAAAUGAGAUUGAGAAGAAGCUCAAGACCAUACAGACGUGGAAGAAAAUCUCAACCAUGAUACUGGUUGCAAUUUUCGCAGCCAUUCUGAUCUGGUCGGUCAUGACUCCAGCUGUGGCUGCUACUCCAGUCACUGCCGCCCUAGCGGCUGCAACCGCCAUUCCCAUGGAUGCCAUUGGCAAGUGGAUUGACUCCCUUUGGAAGAUUUAUGAAAAUGAACUGAAGGGAUGGGAGGAGGUGAUCACCUCAAUGCAAACCAAGAGGCUUUUGCAGAAAGCUGAUUUUCCGAUUGAGGAGGGAGCAGAAGCAGUAAAGCUCGGAAUAGCAGACAUCAAGAAAAAGCUGAGAGAUUUCGUGAAGGCGGUUGAAGGACUGGGAAAACAUGUCGACAUGUGCAGCCACAAUAUCCAGAAAUCAAGGAUAGAGGUGCUUCAGAGGAUUAUAAAGCCCCCCACCAAUUGCAACGGUGCCCCUAUAUUGCUAUAGAGAAUUGUUGCUAAGUGUUUGUCUUCCUGUGAGGGAUGUGCAGUGGACCUCCAUUUGCAUUGCCUUCUCUCAUCAAUAAA